GGAGGAGGAGGUGUUGGUAGUGGUGGUAGUGGUGGCGGUGGUGGCGGUGGAGGGGGCGCGCACUGCAACCCCUCCUUCCCGAACACAACCGAGGAGGCAUCUACCGGCGGAAGCGCGAUGGCCGACACCGACGACCAUCAACCGGAGAACGGCUUCGUGUCCCCCGAGAGCACGUCGUCGUCUUCGCCGGCUCCUCUGACGCGCAUCGACGGCUCGGUCCUGCCUUUCCUCGGCGGCUUCGGGAAGUACCAGAAACAGCUGAUCCUGCUCACGUGGAUCCCGGCGCUCUUCAUCGGAUUCAGCCAGUACUCGGACAAUUUCCUGCUCGCCCAGCCGAACAACACAUGCAUCCAGCCCUUGGCGAACGCCACCGUUUCCACCACGAGCUCCACCACGACCACCACCACCGCCGCCGCCGCCUCCACAUCAGCCGGCAGCAACGUGACGUGGGCCCACUCGGGUGGCCCCAAGAACGCGAGCUGGCGGGCUGCUGGCGUCCACAACGACACGGGCGACACGCAGUGCAUGUGCAACGCUUGGACCUUUGAGCUGGACACCGGCCUUGUGCAGAACGUUGUCACCAAGUGGAGUCUGGUGUGUAACUCAGCAUGGAAAGUCCAUAUUGCAAAGUUCUCCCUCUUGGUGGGCUCCAUCUUCGGCUACCUGGUGUUUGGAAUCCUCGCGGACUGGUUUGGCCGCCACCCGGUGCUGAUCUUAUCCGUGCUGUUCAUGUUGGUGUUCGGGCUCACCGUGGCCUUCUCGGUCAACCUUCCUAUGUUCAGCACGCUGCGAUUCUUCGAAGGCUUUUGCUUGUCAGGCAUCACGUUGUCCCUCUACGUCCUCAGGAUCGAGCUGUGCCUGCCGGGUUGGCGCUUCUCCAUGACCAUGGUGGCCAGUUUCGUGAUGCUGGGCGGCCAGCUGCUGAUGCCAGGCGUGGCCUACUUGUGCCGUGAUUGGCAGGUGCUCCAGGCCGUCAUCAUCUGUCCCCUGCUGCUUAUGCUGUCCUACAUCUGGAUCUUCCCUGAGUCACUGCGUUGGCUGCUGGCCACGCAGCAGUACUGCCGCUCCAAGUGGAUCAUGGGACACAUCGCUAAGAAGAACUGCGUCAACAUGGAGCAGGAUCCGGACAACAUCCUCACAGAGUUGCAGCGAGCUCUUCAACGCAAGCCCAAAAAGACGUGCAUCGUGAAAAUGGCCCGGACCAGGAACCUGUGGAAGAAUAUUGUCGUGCUCUGUGUCAACUCGCUAACAGGCUACGGGAUCCACCACUGCUUCGCCCGCAGCAUGAUGGACCCGGAGGCCCAGGAAACCACCAUGUUCCACGACUUCUACGCCGACUAUUACACCAUGGCGGGCAUCGCGGUGGCAUCCUGCCUGGCGCUGUGCCCGGCGGUGGGCCUGAUGGGCCGGCGCGGCGGCCUCCUCACGUUCAUGAUCAUCACCGCGUUGGCGUCGUUGCUGCAACUGGGCCUGCCCAACUUGCUGGGAAAGUACAGCACCCAUCUCAAUAUAGAUAGUUCAAGCACGCUGAAGAAGAACUUCUCCAUCGCUUUCUCCAUCAUCGGGAUGUUCUCCUCCCACGCCGUCAGCAACCUGAGCAUCUUCUUCUGUGCGGAGAUCACCCCCACCGUCAUCAGGGGCGGCGGUCUGGGCCUGGUCCUGGCGAGCGCCGGCUUCGGCAUGCUGACGGCGCCCAUCAUGGAGCUGCACAACCAGAAGGGCUACUUCCUGCACCACAUCAUCUUCGCCUGCUGCACGCUCAUCUGCAUCAUCUGCAUCCUGCUGCUGCCCGAGACGCGCUACCACCCGCUGCCCGAGACGCUGGCCGACGGCGAGAGCUACACGCGCCAGCCGCUGCUUCCGCCGCGCAAGCCCGGCGAACAGCGCCUCCUGCUGACCGAGAGCGCCCGGGAUUACACGCGCGUGCACGACACGCCGCUGCACGAGGCGGCGGCCGUCGCCGUCUCCAGCAUGGACUCCGCCGCCGAUUCGACCGCCCUCGCCGAGCGGCCGGCCGAAGACGAGGACGCGUGCGUGGGUCUGUCUAAAGAUGACGUCAUAGACGCCAGCAAAGAGCGCCUCCUGUCUUCCACGCCCACGCACCCCUUGCUGUCUGACGAAGAGAAGUCCUCAGAAGUGGUCCUCGCUUCUAUCGAGCCCCUCGCUCACGCCGUCGUGCCGCAAUUGGACGACACUCUGCAUCCGUCCCCCGCGCGGGAAGCACUUCCGGACCCCUCUUGCGAGGGGCCCCCGCCCGAAUCCCCAGACCAUCUGGACGUGGAGCAAACGUCCAAGGAAUCGGCUCCACCGUCGCCAGAGGACAACUUAGUCGACCCUCCGACAUCGGCGGCCCCUCCCGCCGCACCCACGGUAGACGGCGAUGCUUCCGCCAAGCCCCCGCCCUCCCUCUGCUCAGACGUCCGCCUAGAAAUAGAAGACGAAUCGACACCGCCGCACCCCCCCAGUGGCGACCAUCUUCCCCUCCCUCCGGCCCCCGUUCCAGACUCAUCUUUCCCCUCGUCGAGCCAUAUGGCACCACCCGAAUCCCAUUCCCCGCCUCCUCCACCCGUCACAGAACCAACCGCCACCGAGGCGACCGCUUUGACUGAUCAUCCUUUACGGGAUUCCCUAGACUCGGACUCCGAUUCCAGCGCGUCAGGAGCGUCGCCCACUUCUCUAAUGGUCUGUACGGGUUCCUCCCCUAUAGACUCUGGCGUGCUGUCAAUCAGCGCCAGCACAGAGAGCAACGCCCUCAAUGGCGUGGCGUCGUCAUGAUGAUGAUGAUGAUGGUGAUGAUGAUGAUGACGAUGGCGAUGGAGACUCUGCAGCAAAUAAAUCUCGCACUUCAAAAGAAAGCCGUCCCAGCCUGGAGUUGGGUGGUCUUGACACACGAUCCUCUUCCUGCACAAGAGACUGCUUUGUGACAGUGUUGUUUUUGUUUCUUGAAUGUCCGUUAACAGAGGGGGAAAAAAAAAAAAAAUCACCAGCCUUUAAACUGCAUCGAUGGACAAAAAAAUUUUAGUCAAUCAGAAAAAAAGCACCAGAACGUGAAGGCAAAUGAUGCUGAAAAAUCCAAAUGAAUAAAUGUUUGCCAGACAUGCAGUGCUUAACACAUUUAUUAGGCCAGUGUUGAUCUGAUCAAUCUUUAUUCAGACAGCGAAGCACCCAAAAAAGCUAAGAAUAUACAGUGAUGCCCCUGCUAUUUGCAGUCCCCCUCAGUGAUGCCACAAAAUGGCAGCAAAGCAUUACUUGUCCAAAUGAAACUCCUCAACUCACUUCAGCAUACUACCUUGGCACCAAGAUGCCACCAAACGGUGCCAAAUCAACACUGUUAUUGCUUUGGCAUGAAGACAAAAACGGCAAGUAGGUGAGUUUUUUUUUUUUUUUUAGCAAAUACGUCUCAGGUUUAUAAAAAAAAAAAAAAAAAAAAAAAGCGAAUAGACACAUUUGCACCAUAUACUAAAAUAAGGAUGAUGAUGAUGAGCAUUUCAUUGUAUUGCCAGUUAAAGAUAUACAUUUUUUGCAGUAAAUAAUUUUCAGACCAAUGAAGUGAAAUCAGAUUGAUAAUUUUACUAUUUUUCAAUUUUACACUCCCACUCGCUUUUUCAUCAUAUGACCAACUUGUCGAUAUGCUGCGCCCACAUGAGAGGACAUCUGCAACAACAAAAAAGCUUCACGCUUGAACGUCGUCAGUCUCUUCUGUCCCUGCUUUCGACUUGGCUUCAUCUGGGCCAAUUCCACGUUGGCGUUUUGGAAACAGUGGGCAGCACAUCCGCCUCCCAAUAUUAAGGUUGGGGGUUUGAAUCCAGGUUAGGUGAGUCCAGGUACUCCGGCUCCUUCCCACAUUCUAAAAAGGAAGGAGGUUUAUUGAAGACUCUAAAUGGAAGGUGUGAUUGGGAGCGUGAAUGCUUGGCAGCCAGUUCAGGUUGUGGCCCACGACCUGACGAGGUUUAGCGCGAUUGAAAAUGGACGGCUGGGGUUUGUCAAAGUAUGGAAUUCACUCAAAAUGGCCAAUGAAAAAAAAAAAUAUUGAAAACUUCCUGUUCAAUUUCGGGCAUCGGUCCUUGAGGCGUUUUUAUGUGUCCUGUUAUGAUAGCCCCGCCCACUCAAUUUAGUGUCAAACUGGUGAAAGGGGAUUUGGUCCUACUUGCCAGGGCCCUCAAACUGAGUGAGUUUUAGGGUGUUGAAGUAACAGCGUUCAGUGCUUGAUUCCUUCUUAUAUUAUCCAUAAGGGAAAGAUAAAUGCUGAUUUUUGGUAAAUGCCAUUUCUGAUCAUUUCAGGGAUCAUAAACUGGUCUGAUACUUUUGUUAUGCACUGUAUGGAAGAACAAGAAUUAGUUUUUGCGGCAAUACCCAAGUAAACAAUCACAAGAAGAAAAAAAAACCUACUCCCAUGAAACCAAAAUGAAAAUGUUAAAAUAGUGCCAAAAAAUGAGUAUUGCAUGUUUUGGGGGCUUCUUUUGUGCAGCCCCCUGCCAUAGACUGAAUGUGGAUGGAGGUGAUUAAAUGCAAUUGGAAUGUGUUUCAAAGGAAGGCGCCGCAUACAAAUGUGUAUUUCUUUUCAAACACUGGGUAAGAAUUGACUCAUAAUAUUCUAUUGAUAUUGUCAGCAAGUGCAUAGUUGUGUGUGUGUGUGUGUGUGUGUGUGUAAAUCAAAUUGAAAACUGAUUGACCCGAUUAAUGUACAAAGGUUCAUUCUUGCAAUAUCGGUGGUGCCUCACACAGCACACAAAAUAGUUGAUAGAGACAAAAAGCGAGUUUGUUUAUUUUUUUGAAAUUAAUGCAUUGAUGACUACAAUUGUUUUUUUUUCCUUUUACAUCAACGCACAACUAAACUGCUUUUUAAGACUUAACUCUUCCAUCCAUACUUGACACAGACAGUCUUGCAGAGAUGUUUACAACAAUGCUCAUAAAGCAAAUGAAGGGUCAUUACUGUAAAACUCGAAAGUCAGACAAAGAUUUAACUUUUUUUCUUUGUUUUGUUUGGGAAAAAAAACAAAAUGUGACUCAA